AUGAGGUCCAGUUUUUGCUUCCUUGCUCUUUUUCUCUGUUGAGCGAGUUACAUUUUGGAAUUUUAUCCCUUUGCUGUCCUCCUCCAUUAUAAUCCUUUUAUUGAUAUUUGGUUGCAUUUGAUCCAUGUCCAUGGUUUUGAUUUUUAAUGUAACCCUUUGCUUUACAGAAACAAGAUAUGGGGGUUCACGGUUUUACUGCAGAUCAACUGUUCGUUGAAAUGUCUCUUUGUUCCCAUCUCCUACGUUAUGGCCCAUGUGCUUCCUCCUUGCUGAAAGAUAGUGGAAGUUUCGCAAGUUUUAUUGUUUCCCAUGUCAUCUUACAGGUUUUGAUGAGCAAUGCGGUUUCUGCUUCGAUCAGUUGAAAGCAUUUCCUUUAAGUCCUCUGUUUUCUAGUUAUCCUGUGAGCUACUUAGGAGAAAAGGUCAGCUUUGUGGUUGGUAACUUUGAGACAAAUGGGAUUUGGAGUUGGUAGUAGAAUGUUGGAUUUGAGGAUGGCACAAACCCACAAGCGUUCAAAGAGUGCCAGCUUUCCAGAAAAGAAAAGUGCGGAGGGAGAUAAACUUUCCGAUUCUUCUUUUGAAGCCUCUCAACGCAUCAAACUGGACAUGGAGCGUUCAAAUGAAUCAACCAGUGCCAAGCAUAAUCAAUAUCAUUCAGUCACCGAAUCUUCAUUGAAGGAAGAGAUUGAUCAGCUCGAGACAAGACUACAGGAUCAGUUUAAGGUUCGUUGUGCAUUAGAGAAGGCGUUAGGUUAUGGAACAGCUUCUUCGUACAUGCUGACUGAAACAAACGACAUUCCCAUGCCCAAGCCAGCUAUUGAUUUGAUCAAAGACAUUGCGGUUCUGGAGAUGGAAGUUAUUCAUUUGGAACAGUAUCUUCUUUCGUUAUAUCGAAAAGCCUUUGACCAGCGAAUCUCUUCUGUAACCCCGAAUUCGGAGAAAAAGAAGAAGAAGCCAAAGUCUCCUCCUGUAACAACCCCUACAAGGCGUCUAGUCUUUUGUGAAGAAGAUGAUACCCCAUCGAAAACAGAUCCUCUGCUUCCUGCAGGUUGCAGAGACCAAACGGAGUCCAGUUUUCACCGUAGCCACUCCCAGCGUUCUUCAGCAUUUAAGUUUAAGAAAGCUUCUCCAGAAGAUUCAUGGGGUAAAGCCAUCCGCUCAUGUCACUCCCAACCGCUGUAUGUGCACAAUGGAGAGAAUCUGAUCAGUCUAGCUGAACAUCUUGGCACCCGAAUCUCAGAUCAUGUUGCAGAGACACCCAACAAGCUGUCUGAAGGAAUGGUCAAGUGUAUGUCAGAGAUAUACUGCAAGCUUGCUGAGCCUCCUUCUGUACUUCUACAUCAACGAGGUUCAUCGCCAGACUCGUCUUUAUCAUCGCCCUCUGACCAAUACGAUACAUCUAGCCCUGGAUUGGGAAACAGCUCCUCUUUGGAUGAUUCUUUCCGUGUAGAAGGAGAGAAGGGCUUUAGUGGACAAUACAGCUCCAUGGUUGAAGUGCUUUGCAUUUACAGAGACGCCAAAAAGGCCAGUGAGGUCGAAGAUCUUCUGCAGAACUUCAAGUCGCUUAUCAGUAGGUUGGAGGAAGUCGAUCCAAGUAAGUUGAAACAUGAGGAGAAGCUGGCGUUCUGGAUAAAUGUGCACAAUGCACUUGUGAUGCAUGCCUUCUUAGCUUAUGGGAUUCCACAGAACAAUGUGAAGAGAGUAUUGCUGCUACUCAAGGCUGCAUAUAAUGUUGGUGGACACACGGUUAGCGCGGAAGCAAUACAAAGCUCAAUUCUUGGAUGCAAAAUGUCUCAUCCUGGACAGUGGCUUAGACUACUAUUUGCUUCAAAGAAGUUCAAAGCAGGAGAUGAGAGAUUAGCUUACGCAAUCGAUCACCCCGAACCUCUCCUACAUUUUGCACUUACUUCAGGCAGCCACUCCGAUCCCCCGGUGCGUGUAUAUGCACCAAAGGGAAUCCAGCAAGAGCUAGAAACCUCGAAAGAAGACUACAUAAGAAUGAACUUUAGCAUACGCAAUCAGAAAGUCCAACUGCCAAAGCUUGUGGAGACCUUUGCAAAAGAGUCCGGUUUAUGUCCGGCGGGUUUGACGGAGAUGGUUAACCGGAGUAUACCGGAAUCUUCAAGAACAUGUUUUAAAUCACGCAAGGCCAUUGAUUGGAUCCCACACAGCUUUACAUUCAGAUAUCUUAUUCUUAGAGAAGCUGCCAAAUGAAAAAUUAUUCUUUCAUAUAAUGUGUGUAUAUAAAAAAGAUCGUUGUUGUGUCCCCAUUUUCUAAUUAUAAUAGUGUUGUGUUUUGUCUUGA